AUGGAAGUCAGUUUUCUCGAUUGCCAAACGGGGAAAGAUAAUGAGCUGCACAAUUCUCUCUCCCGACCCGUUAAUUCGGUUGUCAUCCACUCCCCGAUUUCGCGCUAAAAACGGGUCGAAGAGUCCAGUGAUUACUGCUCGUCUUGACGAUUCUAAGAACUCGCCCAAUCGCCAACUCAAUCUCUCUGUUCUUCGCUUCACACUUGGGAUUCCUGGAUUGGAUGAGUCUUACUUACCCAGAUGGAUUGGUUAUGGAUUUGGCUCGCUUCUGCUUUUGAAUCACUUUGUUGGUUCGAGUUCAGCUGCUCCCAUCACCUCAGCACAGUUAAGAACUGAGGCUUUAGGCAUUUCCUUGGCUGCAUUUUCUAUUGCACUCCCCUACUUGGGAAAGUUUCUUGAGGGUGCAGUUCCAUCUGGCGAAGCUACCCUCCCUGAAGGGGCUGAGCAAAUAUUUGUUUUGUCACAAAAUGUAUCGGAUAAUGUGAAGGAUGACUUGGCUUGGGCAACAUACAUCUUGCUGCGCAAUACAAACAGUAUAUCAGUGUUAAUACUGAUUCAAGGGGAGUUAUGCGUUCGAGGAUACUGGAAUAGUCCAAAUGAUAUAUCAGGAGCAGAUUUACUUGCCUGGUUUGAGGAGCAGCUUCAGAGCAUUGGCCUAUCUGCAUUAAAUGAUUCCCUCUAUUUUCCUCAGAUUUCAGAAUCUGGACUUUGGCAAAUGCUAUCUAAGGGCACUCGCUCAGUUUUGGUACAGCCAGUGGCUCAAAAUCUAAACCAAAGUGGCAAUGAGAUGGAAAAGAUUGGAGGGUUCAUAUUGGUGGCUUCAAGUUUAAGUUAUGCAUUUAGUGACAAAGAUAGAGCCUGGAUAAGAGCUCUUGCUACCAAGUUUGAUAAUGGGGACAUAUCGUGGGGAAUAAAUGCUUGGAAUAAAGUUUGGAGUAUCCUGCACCUAUUUGGUACAUGUUGAAAUACGCGCUUGGACAACCAAAUGAAUGCUUGUUACGAAUUUGUAUAGAACAGAAGCUUAGCAGAUCUUGGCAGAUAAUUUGGACAUGAUGCAGCGUCAACGUCUAUAGAGAACCUUUGAUUUCUUGGCCUGAUCUGCUGAACUCAACUCUUUUUCCUCAAAUCUAAUUUGUUGGGGUGAAAAUGUAAGAAUCUAUUAGAAUCUAUAUGUUUGGGCGAAGAAAAAUGUACAUGAAAGAAUAUAUGAAGAACAAAUAAGGUCAUACAAGUAUCCCAGUGACCCCUUUUAGAGGUACCCUUCUUUAAGAACUAUAAUUUAAUUUCUCCAUGUACACAAGGAAAAUGAAAAACAAAAUUUAUCUUUCAAUUCUCUCUAACUUGAGCUCCUGACUCUUCUUUUUGUUAUCAGGUCGAAAGGUCACUCUGUUCAAUGAACAACGGAGAUGAAGUUUCAGAUUGAGCUACUAGGAGAGAGCCUUCGAAGCCUUAUAAAAAUUUCUCCCAGCCGUAUACCAGAUUCUGCCAAAGUAGUACAGAAAGGCGAUAGUUUGACACAAUACAGGAUGAAGAUCAUUCAAGAAAAUUUGAGGUGCAUAUACUGACGUGUGUUUAGGUACCUUAAGACGCACCACCUUUCUAAUUGCCAGUAACAAGCCUGGCUUUAGACAUUGCACUUUUGUAACAUAAUGUUUGAGAGCGUAAACCUGUGGUGCAAGCCACGACAUGUGUUGGGAAAGGAAAAACCUACCACUCUGGUGGUAGAUGUUAGGAACCACAAACCUCCACAAUGAUAUGAUAUUGUCCACUUUGAGCACAGGCUCUCAUGGCUUUGCUUACCAAUGGAUAUGUAUUCCUUAGUUAUAAACCUAUAAUCAUCCCCUUAGCCAAUGUGAGACUCCCUCCCAACAACCACUCUGAGUAGAAAAGAUUAAAUUUACCAGUCUCUCACAACUUCCCUAAUCUUAGUUAGAUAAGAACAGAAACACGAGCUAGAACUUACCUCUCCAGAAGUAGAUAUUGGUGCUGGAAGGAUGCUCUGGAAGAACUAGGCUGUGCACUCGAACUCGAUCUUCUCCAACAUCUUGUCCCUUUGCCUUGCAGGAAAAAAGGAGAAAUAAGCAAGCGAGUCCUUUUCUAAACGGGCUUCUGAGUUUGGUGUCUUAGUCAUCAACAAAGUGAAUUUUCCUAAUCUCUUUAUAAGUUCUAUGCAAAUUUUGUAGACAUAGUUUGAUCCUUGUUGGCUGAAUUCCUUCAAGUGAAUCCCAUGAAUAAGAUAGCUAUACGAGGUGAAAGUAAAGAGAAUAAAAGCAGUUCUGGCCCAAGUUUGAGAGGUUGUUAGCUAUUUGAGAUGCAUCUGAAGAUGGCACAUCCUGUCACCAAAAAAGUCAGUAUUUAAUGCCCAUCUGCUACAUUUACUUCUCUCUCUCUCUCUUAACGUCCUAUGGUAUUUUUUUAUUUUUUUUAGUACAGCUUCAUAUGGUAUUUUAUAAUACACUAAUGGAGAUUUGAAAGACUUGAAUCCAUGUACUUGAUUCAGAUGUUAAACUAAGCUAAUGUAGGUGAGAGAGAAGAGGGCAUGUUGAUUCAUCUAUAGUUUAAUGACAAAGGUCACAGCCUUGUACGAACACAAUGAAAAUGGAAAAUCUCAACAUUGCAGUAAUGGGAGGAAGCUGAAAUUGCAACUCGCUGGAGAAGAUAGAACCAAUGGACUGAGUUGGGGUGACAAGCCAACCCUGUGACCAAAUCCAUUAAAGCAGAGAGAAAGAACAGGAGAGGGUUCUCUAAGGAACCACGAUUUUCAAAAUGGAACAUAAACCUCACUUCUCAAACCAAAUGAAGUUGCCUAAAUUGAAAAAAAGAAACAAGGCAAAGAUGAAGUGUUGGGUCUCGAAUAUUUCCGGAGGAGAUAGAAGGGCCCAUCAGAGAAAAGAAAAAAAAAAAGUUUGAUGUUUGCCAAAUGGGGAAGAAAGAUGAAGAUGCUACCUGCUUCACGUUCUCAUAUACUUUAGAAGAUCAGCAAAAUCACUGAGGAGAGAAACGAAACUGUGGGGUUUCAUUAUAAAAGAAAAGAGACCCAGGGCCGCCAUUGUUGUUGUUGAACAAAACAAUGAGAGUUAUUGCAGGUGAGUGUGGGGUUACCUUGAUAUUACUCCGAAGAGAAGCGAAUUCAAGAUG